AUGGCGCAACAAGUCCAGAACCUUGACCCGACCCGACGGCUGUUUGAGGAAUUGAAAAGCAAGAAUGAGGAUGUUCGGACCAGAGCUUCGAACGAGCUCAGGGAGACACUGAAUUCGUUGUCGCGAGAAUGGUCACCAGAAAAGUUCACCGAAUUCUAUAAUUCCGUGAGUUCAAGAAUCAACUCACUCGUGCAGUCACCCGAGCCAUAUGAGAAACUUGGUGGGCUAUGGGCGCUGGACCGCCUGAUCAACAUAGAAGGAGUAGAUGCUGCUCUGAAGACUUCAAGAUUUGUAAGUUACUUGCACAACGCGUUACGAAGCAAUGACUACGUCGUCCUUGACAAAGCUGCACAAUGCCUCGGCCAUCUGGCCAAACCUGGCGGAGCUCUGACCGCAGAGCUAGUGGAAAGCGAGAUACAGUCUGCGAUGGAAUCGCUCCAGUCUGAUCGACAGGAGGGCCGUCGUCUGGCCGCCGUGCUGGUCAUAAGAGAACUUGCGAAAAAUUCACCAACCCUACUCUACGGUUUUGUGCCACAGAUAUUCGAACUCAUAUGGAUACCACUCCGUGACUCCAAGGAGCUCAUCCGGAAGAUAUCUGCAGAAGCAGUCAGUGCCUGUCUGGCAAUCAUUGUUGCUCGAGAUGCACAGUUUCGACAACAGUGGUUUUCGCGAAUUUACGAUGACGCAUUGGACGGUCUGAAGUCGCUGAAUGUUGACUGGAUUCACGGUUCGUUAUUGAUAUUGCAGGAGCUGCUCCUGAAGGGGGCAAUGUUUAUGCACGAUUUCUACCGUAAUGCCUGUGAAAUUGUGCUUCGGCUCAAGGAUCACCGGGAUGCAAAGAUUCGAGCCCAAGUGGUUCAGACAGUUCCAAUCCUUGCCGACUAUGCCCCUGUCGAUUUCAUAAACAAUUAUUUGCACAAGUUCAUGAUCUAUCUUCAAGCACAACUGAAGAGGGACAAGGAGCGCAACGCUGCCUUCGUUGCGAUCGGAUCCAUCGCAAAAGCGGUCGGAAGCUCUAUGGCCCCAUACUUGGAUGGCACCAUCGUCUACAUUCGUGAGAGCUUGAGUGCAAAAAACAGAAAUAGGGCGGGCGUUGACGAGGGGCCAGUCUUUAAGUGCAUUAGUAUGCUUUCAUAUGCCGUGGGGCAGACCCUGAGCAAGUACAUGGACGCUCUGCUUGACCCUAUAUUCGCAUGUGGACUGAGUAAACCAGUUGAACAAGCCCUCGUUGAUAUGGCACACUAUAUUCCACCAAUACGUGCAGCGGUGCAAGAAAAACUGCUGGACAUGCUCAGUCUGAUCCUGAUAGGGACUCCUUACCGACCACUUGGCUGUCCGGAUAAUCGAACACCUCCGUUGCCAUCAUUUGCCAAAGAUUACGGUGGUUUCGUUGGAGAACAUUCGGAUGCUGAGAUCACUCUUGCUCUCUGGACUUUGGGCACAUUUGAUUUUUCCGGCCACAUCCUCAAUGAAUUCGUUAGAGACGUUACAGUGCGUUACUCUGAGAAUGAAAAACCUGAGAUUCGCAAAGCAGCGGCUUUGACCUGCUGUCAGCUGUUUGUACAUGACCCCAUCGUACAUCAGACUAGCAGCCACUCAAUUCAAGUAGUGAGUGAAGUUAUCGACAAGCUACUAACUGUCGGUGUGGGAGAUCCAGAGCCAGAUAUACGUCUAACUGUCCUUAAAUCUCUGGAUAGCAAAUUCGAUCGUCACCUGGCCAGACCGGAGAAUAUAAGAUGCUUGUUCCUUGCUGUCAAUGAUGAAGUUUUCGCAGUUCGAGAGGCUGCUAUAACUAUCAUAGGGAGGCUUUCCACUGUCAAUCCUGCCUACGUCUUUCCUCCGCUUCGAAAGCUGCUGGUCAAUCUGCUAACGGGCCUGGGCUAUUCAAAUACUGCCAGGCACAAGGAGGAGAGCGCGCAUCUGAUUAGACUUUUUGUCCGGAACGCAUCAAGAUUGAUAAGAACCUAUGUCGAGCCCAUGGUAGCAGCAUUGCUACCGAAGGCAACGGAUCCAAAUCCUGGAGUCGCUGCCACUACGAUUGGGGCUCUUGGGGAGCUUGCAAGCGUAGGCGGAGACGAGAUGAAGCACCAUAUCCCAGAAAUCAUGCCUAUCGUCCUCGAAGCCCUCCAAGAUCUUGGCUCUCACUCGAAAAGAGAAGCGGCUUUGCAGACUUUAGGAUCUUUUGCCAUAAAUUCUGGAUACGUGAUUGAUCCAUACCUUGAUCACCCGCAGCUCUUAGGAAUCUUGAUAAAUAUCAUCAAGACUGAGUCUCACGAAUUACUUCGCCAGGAUGCGAUCAAGCUGUUGGGGGUUCUCGGUGCUCUUGACCCCUAUCGUUAUCAGCAGAUCAGUGAAGGCACGGCAGAGAGCAAGAGCAACGUCGAAACGCAAGCUGUUUCCGAUGUCGCCCUCAUUAUGCAAGGCCUCAAUCCUUCAAAUGAGGAAUACUAUCCGACUGUCGUGAUCAAUACACUUUUGCAAACUAUACUCAGGGACCAUUCCCUAGUCACAUACCAUUCAGCAGUGAUUGACGCGAUAGUCACAAUCUUCAAAACCCUAGGUCUGAAAUGCGUACCAUUUCUUGGUCAAAUCAUUCCAGCAUUUCUUGCCGUCAUACGUAGCGCGCCUACUUCCCGACUUGGGCCAUACUUCAACCAGCUCGCAAUUCUCGUUAGCAUUGUCAAGCAACACAUCAGAGCAUUUCUCCCCGACAUCUUAGAAAUCGCUCGUGAAUGCUGGAAUAAAUCCAAUCAAGUCCGGUCGACCAUCCUCUCCCUCGUUGAAGCUAUAUCAAAGUCUCUUGAAGGAGAAUUCAAGAAAUACCUUGCUGGUUUGCUGCCACUAUUGCUUGGAGUCCUUGAACAGGACAUUGAUCCUACGAGGGAGGCGUCCAUACGCAUCCUGCAUACUUUCCUGGUUUUCGGCUCAAGCGGCGAGGAGUACAUGCACCUCAUCAUUCCCGCUAUCGUUCGAAUGUUCGACUCGCCUACAGCGCCAGUUUCAUCACGAAAGGCUGCUAUUGAUACUUUGAGUAAGCUUUGCCGGCUGGUCAAUGUCUCGGACUUCUCAUCGACAAUGAUUCACCCACUGGCGAAAGUCAUUGGUACGCCCCCUGAGAAGGUGGCUACCAAUGCAGCAGAGCGGCAACUCAAGACUGCAGCCAUGGAUUGCAUAUCCUCCUUACUGUUCCAGCUCAAUCAGGACUUUAUUCAUUAUAUCCCUCUUGUCAAUAAAGCGGCGAAAGUUGGUCAGAUCAGCAAUCACACUUACAACAAGUUGGUUUCGAAGCUACAAAAAGGUGAGUCCCUUCCACAAGAUCUGAAUUCGGACGAAACGCAUGGACCGCUGGGAGAAGAUAACUCGUACUCGGCUGUCGAGUCAAAGAAGCUUCCAGUUAAUCAGGAGCACUUGAAGAACGCCUGGGACACAUCACAGAAGUCCACGAGAGAAGACUGGCAGGAAUGGAUGAGGAGAUUCAGUGUCGAGCUCUUGAAGGAGUCCCCAUCGCAUGCUUUACGAGCUUGUGCUAGCUUGGCUGGUGUUUACCAACCACUAGCCAAAGAUCUAUUUAAUGCCGCGUUUGUGUCAUGCUGGCCUGAGCUAUAUGAUCAAUAUCAGGAAGAGCUUGUACGAUCAAUAGAGAAGGCCCUCAGCGCUGCCAACAUACCUAUCGAUAUCUUACACGUCCUACUCAAUCUUGCAGAGUUCAUGGAACAUGAUGAUAAGGCAUUGCCGAUUGAUAUUCGAGAGCUUGCAAAGAUUGCAUCUAAAUGCCAUGCGUUUGCGAAGGCGCUUCAUUACAAAGAAUUACAAUUCGAACAAGAUCAGAAUGGGUCAACCGUGGAAGCAUUGAUAAGUAUCAACAACCAAUUACAACAGACUGACGCGGCAAUCGGCAUACUCAGGAAAGCACAAUAUUACAGCGAAGUCGAGCUGAAAGAAGCCUGGUUCGAAAAGUUACAGAGAUGGGAAGAAGCGUUAGACGCGUACAACCGCCGCGAGAAUAUUGAACCCCAGAACUUCGAUGUUAUCAUGGGCAAGAUGCGGUGUUUGCAUGCCCUGGGUGAAUGGAAAGUCCUGUCAGAACUUGCCCAGGAUCACUGGCAAGAAGCAAAUGGUGAUCAGAAGAAACAGAUGGCUGCUUUGGCUGCUGCAGCUGCAUGGGGGCGAGGUCAGUGGGAUUUGGUUGAUCCAUACCUCAGCGCCCUCAAAGAAGACUCUGCGGAUCGGUCUUUCUUUGGAGCCGUCCUGUCACUUCACCGCAACAGCUUCGAAGAAGCCGAAAGGUUUAUCAGCAAGGCUCGUGCAGCUGUCAACGCAGAGCUGACGGCGAUCAUCGGAGAAUCUUACAACCGCGCCUACAAUGUAGUCGUCCGCACACAAAUGCUCACUGAGCUCGAGGAGAUCAUCACAUACAAGAAAGGUGCUUCGGAUCCCCGCAAGCAAGAACAACUGCGGAAGACCUGGGAUAGGCGACUUCUCGGAUGCCAGCAAAAUGUUGAGGUCUGGCAAAGGAUGCUAAAGGUGAGAGCAUUGGUCAUCAAUCCCAGCGAGAACCUGGAGAUGUGGAUCAAGUUUGCCAAUCUGUGUAGGAAAACAGCAAGAUCAAGUCUGGCGGAGAGAACCCUCGCUUCACUGGAAAAUGUCACACGGGACGAGAGUGGCAAUGUGCCUCCUCAAGUCUCUUAUGCACGACUCAAGUACAAUUGGGCAAUAGGCAACCAGCAAAAUACUCUCAUAUUCUUGAAGGAUUUCACUGCCAGAUUGUCAGAAGAAUAUGCACACUAUAACGCAACGCUCGUCAAUGGCGUCAACGGCGACAGAAAUAAUGGCAUCGGUGCACCAGCUCUUAACAGUCAGGACAGCAUGGCGACUCGCUCGAAGAUGCUCGAGGCUACCAAGUACACGAAACUUCUAGCCAAAUGCUACCUCAAACAGGGAGAUUGGCAAGCACACCUACAUAAAGGCGAUUGGAGCAGCGAUCAUGUCCGAGAAGGUGUCCGAGACAUUCUGAACUCCUACUCUGCUGCAACACAGUAUAACCGCACAUCCUACAAGGCGUGGCAUGCAUGGGCCCUCGCUAAUUUUGAAGUCGUCACCUCGAUGGACUCCCAUGCAGACCAAGAACGUGUCAAAUUACCCGAAAAUAUCAUCCUCGAUCACGUUGUACCGGCCGUGAGGGGCUUCUUCAAAUCUAUUUCUCUGUCCACGACGAGCUCGUUGCAGGAUACCUUACGUCUACUGACAUUGUGGUUCGCUCAUGGUGGCCAUCACGAAGUCAAUCUCGCAGUUACCGAGGGCUUCCAAUCCGUCAGUAUCGAUACGUGGCUUGAAGUUAUUCCUCAGUUGAUCGCACGCAUAAAUCAGGUGAAUCAGCGUGUCCGGCUAUCUGUGCAUAGACUUCUUUCUGAAGUUGGAAAGGCUCAUCCACAAGCCCUUGUAUACCCACUGACAGUGGCAAUUAAGUCUAAUGUCGCUCGAAGAUCCCAUUCAGCUACUCAGAUCAUGGAAAGUAUGCGGCAGCAUAGUCCUACUCUAGUUGAACAAGCCGACCUAGUCAGCCAUGAACUUAUUCGCGUAGCCAUUUUAUGGCACGAACUCUGGCAUGAAGGUCUUGAAGAGGCCUCCCGUCUCUACUUUGGCGAUCAAAACGUCGAGGGCAUGUUUGCUACGUUAGCACCUCUCCAUGAGAUGCUUGAUAGAGGUGCUGAGACAUUGCGAGAGGUUUCAUUUGCGCAGGCAUUUGGCCACGAUCUUGCAGAGGCCAGACACUUUUGCAAUGUCCAUAAGCAAACUCAAGAGCUGGGCGACCUUAAUCAAGCAUGGGAUCUUUACUAUACGGUUUUCAGAAAGAUCGCCCGACAACUGCCACAGCUGAUGACCCUAGAUCUCAAGUAUGUUUCUCCACGUCUCAAAGAGGCGAGAAAUCUUGAUCUCGCCGCACCUGGAACUUAUCAUUCUGGUCGUCCUGUCAUCAAGAUCGUAGAAUUCGACCAUGUUCUCACCGUGAUCCCUUCGAAACAACGGCCACGCAAGAUGACUCUAAAGGGUAGUGAUGGGAUGCCCUACACCUAUGUAUUAAAGGGGCAUGAAGAUAUCCGACAGGACGAGCGUGUCAUGCAGCUGUUCGGCCUAGUCAAUACGCUGCUCAACAAUGACGCUGACAGCUUCAAGCGCCAUCUUAAUAUCCAAAGAUUUCCCGCCAUCCCUCUCUCCCAAAACUCUGGCCUUCUUGGCUGGGUUCCCAAUUCAGAUACCUUGCACAAUCUCAUCAAGGAGUAUCGUGAAUCACGAAGGAUCCUUCUCAAUAUCGAACACCGCAUUAUGUUGCAAAUGGCCCCUGAUUAUGACAACCUGACUCUCAUGCAGAAGGUCGAAGUAUUUGGAUAUGCCAUGGACAAUACCACCGGGAAGGAUCUCUAUCGCGUUCUCUGGCUCAAAUCCAAAUCAUCCGAGUCGUGGCUGGAACGGCGAACCAAUUACACUCGCUCACUGGCAGUUAUGUCUAUGGUCGGAUACAUCCUUGGGCUGGGUGACAGACAUCCUUCGAACUUGAUGUUGGACCGCAUCACUGGCAAGAUCAUUCACAUUGAUUUCGGCGAUUGUUUUGAAGUGGCAAUGCAUCGCGAAAAAUACCCAGAAAGAGUACCGUUCCGUCUGACUAGGAUGUUGACAUUUGCUAUGGAGGUCAGCAAUAUCGAAGGCAGCUUCCGCAUCACCUGCGAAGCCGUCAUGCGCGUCAUCAGAGAGAACAAGGACUCCCUGGUGGCGGUGCUCGAAGCUUUCAUCCAUGAUCCGCUUCUGAACUGGCGCCUCAAUGUCCGUGAGUCCCCACCCAGACCACACUUCCGCUCCGAACGCCGUGCUUCCAUCAUCGAGAACAUCCCUGUCAAUCUAGAUAAUCCAGCCAACCACUCUCCUCCCUCGCCCGUCACGCAACCACCCGGAAACCCUUACCGUCACCGCCGCUCUAGCGUCCUCGAAGCAUUACCUGGCGGUCUCUCAUCCAUCCGCUCACCCAAUAACCCCCAAGACGCACGAGAAGUGCAGAACGCACGAGCGCUGCAAGUGCUUGCUUGUGUGAAACAGAAAUUGACGGGCCGCGACUUUCCUCCCACGAGUACGACUGGUCAAGGGAACAGUAUCCUUACGCCAGCGCAACGGCUCGAAGCCAGCACGGCCGGGUCCAUGGAUCUGGGUGCCAUUGUCGCGGCAGCGGCGCUCGAUGGUAGUGCGGGUGGUCACAUGGGUAUGGAAAGACGAGGCGAGGGGGAGCUGCUGGUAGCGGAGCAGGUGGAGAAGUUGAUCAAACAAGCUACCAAUACGGAGAAUCUGUGUCAGCAUUAUAUCGGAUGGUGUAGUUUCUGGUGA